GAAUUUUCUCAUAGUAAAAGACAGGAUGUUAUGUGAUAAGCAGCAUGGAAAAGGUUAAUGGCAGUACUCACGAAUGAGUGUUCCCAGCCUGUGACUGAAUUAAAGGGCCAUAUCAGGAUCUACAGUUGGACCAAGCUCAGACGGCCUGCCUCAGGGACAUGGACAGAUGUGUCUACCACCCGGUCCCUUGGCAUACACAACUAGUGGCUAAAAGGGACCAGAAUUGGGUCACAGCCCACUUCAAGGUCCACAGCCAGACUGAGGUUGGCAGGACUGCUACCUGUGGCACAGCCACUUAUGCAACCCCAAAGAUGACUCAUGAUUUCCUUCAUGAAUCGAAGACCAUCUCUUUUGAGGGCUGCAUGGCCCAGAUAUUCUGGCUCCACGUCUUUGCUGGUGGUGAGAUGGUACUUCUUGUAGCCAUGGCUUAUGACAGUUUUUACACUUAUAUUGAACCCCAUUAUCUACACACUGAGAAACAAAGAAGUGAAAUCAGCAAUGCAUAAACUGAAGACCAGGUAUGUGAGUUCCAGGCUGCUCUCCCAGCUCUCUCUCACAAGAUAGCUUUGUUGAACUGAGUAGACAAGAAGAAACUUGAGGAAAUAUGGACUUACUUUUUUCUUGUGGAUCCAACAUUUUAAAAAGUUACCUUAUUUGUUCGAAAUAAUAAAUAUAUGUUCCUUGU